AUAAAGAUUUUAGAAAAAUUAAUGCAGUAACAAUGGUAUGGAGACCCAUAGUCGUUCAGCUUUGCAUAUGGUAUAUGGAUAGAGCUAUUAAACUAAAGCUAAAAGAAAAACCCAAGCCAAGAAGUACAGAACUAAUAUCUAUAACUUACAAUGUUACUCAGAUAUAUGCAGGUGCAAAUAAAAAAAAAAGAGCAGAAAUAUGUGCAAAUAAACAUAAAAAAGGCAAGAGAAAACAUACUGAAAUACGAACGAUUUCUGAUGCAGCUAACUCACACUUAGUUCAACAGAUAGUAAAUAUGCCUGACAGUAUACAACAACGGCUACUUAGAGAUAAUUUUGAACAUUGGACUUUACCCUCUUUUCUUGUUAUUAAAAAUUUUAAUGCUGAUGAAGCAAUAGAAAAUCCAUUGCCCGUAACAGCUACUACAUCUAUUGAAGUUAUCGAGAGUAUUGAUCUUGAUGAAGGCCCAGAAGAAGAUAUCUGUGCUUACAUUGAAGCAAAAUUAGCACAGAUGGAAAAAGAAAUACAAUCUGUAGAACAUAAGAGGCAUCGAUUAACUACUUGGGACCCAGAGAGUAGAAAACCAUACUUGAUGUACUUACCACUCUCAGAUGAAUCAGAUGCAAAAGAGAACGUAACAAUUAAUGAUACGUCAGAAUUAAUUAUUAUUGAAGGCGAUGA